GCACUUUUUGAUUCUGCUGUCUAAAAAUAUAAUAAUAUUAACAGAAUAAUGGUUGUUCUGGUUGUUUUGCUUUUGUUCUUUAUUGGAACUGCUAAUAUACAGGCUGAUUUUUCUAAUACUACUCCUGGAACAACGUACAGUGUUACAGUUUCUGCAGUUUCUUCUUCAGUGUACAGUUUACCUGCGAGUAGAACAGUGACAACAAACGUGACAAAUCCUGGGCCCCCUGUGUUCCUUGCAGGUGAAAGAGUGGGUUCUGCUGGGAUUCUUCUGUCAUGGAAUACACCGCUGCAUCCAAAUGGGAGAAUUCUCUCCUAUAUCGUUAAAUAUAAAGAGGUCUGCCCAUGGAUGCAAACAGCUUAUACACAGGUCACAACAAAGCCAGAUAGUUUGGAAGUUCUUCUUACCAGUCUUAACCCUGGAACAACUUAUGAAAUUACGGUUGCUGCUGAGAACAGUGCUGGUGUUGGAGUAUAUAGUGAUCCUUUUCUUUUUCAGACUGCAGAAAGUGCUCCAGGUAAAGUAGUGAAUCUCACAGUUGAAGCCUUAAAUUAUUCAGCUGUAAAUCUGAUCUGGUUUCUCCCUCGUCAACCAAAUGGAAAGAUAACUAGUUUCAAGAUUAGUGUGAAACAUGCAAGAAGUGGAAUUGUAGUGAAAGAUGUCUUGGUUAAAGUAGAGGACCUUCUGUCUGGGAGGUUACCAGAAUGUAAUGAUAACAGUGAAUCAUUUCUGUGGAGUACUACCACUCCUUCAACGACUUUUGGCAAAUCCACAAUUCCUUCACGGACUACGGUUACACCAAUUACAGAGGCACCGAGUCAAAUGAGUUCUGUUUGGAAUGAACCAAUUAGUUUUGUUAUAACUAACCUCAGGCCAUAUACUACCUAUCUUUUUGAAGUGUCUGCAGUUACCACUGAAGCAGGCUACAUUGACAGUGCAAUUGUCCGGACACCAGAAUCAGUUCCAGAGGAUCCACCACAAAAUUUUGCCAAGAGCAACAUUACAGCAAAGUCUUUUGCAGUGAUGUGGGACCCACCUACCAUAGUAACAGGAAAGUUUACUUACAGAGUUGAGCUGUAUGGACCAUCUGGUCAUAUUCUGGAUAACAGCACAAAAGAUCAUAAAUUUGUAUUUAGUAACCUUGUGCCGUUUACAACAUAUGAUGUGUACAUCAGUGCUGAGACAAGUGCUGGGGUGGGGCCAAAGACUAACCUUAAAGUUUUCACUCCUGCAGAUGUCCCAGGUGCUGUAUCAAAUUUACAUCUAGCAGAAGUGGAGGCCACAUAUAUAAAAAUUGUUUGGAGGAAGCCAGGACAACCUAAUGGAAUCAUUACUCAGUACAGAGUUAAAGUACAUCUGCAGGAAACAGAAGUGAUUCUGGAAAACACUGUCCUUGAAGGAAAAAAUAAGUAUUUGAUUGAUUCUUUGCAACCAUACAUGAUAAAUGAAAACAUCAAACCUUCUCCCACAUGGAAUUCAAUGGAAACAGCCAAUGAAUUAUAUGAAGGUUCAGCUGAAAUGUUUUCCAGCAUUCAGACAGCUUCCCCAGUAAUAUUUACAAGUGUAUCUGGUGAUAAUUUGCCUCCUAUAAAUGGAGCUGCAAAAUUACAUUCUGCUAUGGAUAAUCAAUAUAACAUUAACAUCUUGUCUGAAGAACUGUCAUAUGUUAUAAAGGACCUUGUACCUUUCACAGACUACACAAUCAGUGUGUCUGCUUUCACUGUUGUUGGAGAAGGACCACCAUCAGUUCUUACAGUCAGGACACUUGAACAAGUUCCAAGCUCAGUACAAAAUAUAUCUUACAAGAAUAUUAGCUCCUCAUCUGUUUUGCUGUAUUGGGAUCCUCCAGCAAAUCCCAAUGGGAAAAUCAUUCACUAUACUGUUUAUGCAAUGGAACUGGAUACAAAAAGAGCAUUCCACACAACAACUUCAAACAACAGCUUACUUAUGACAGGUUUAAAGAAGUACACAAAUUACAAGAUGAGAGUUGCAGCCUCUACCACAGUUGGAGAAAGUGCUUUGUCCGAAGAGAAUGAUGUUUUCGUGAGAACCCCUGAAGAUGAACCAGACUCCCCACCCCAACAUGUGGAAUUAAUAAAUGUAACUGCAACAGAAAUAAAUCUGAGAUGGUUACCACCUGAGCAGCCUAAUGGUCUCAUAACUCACUAUGAAGUUCUGUACCAUGAUUCUAAUGAUUUAUUUAUUAAAAAUGCCUCAUCUACAACUAUAUCACUAAAUGAAAUGAAGCCAUAUACUCUCUACAACAUCUCUGUAAGGGCGUUCACCAGACUUGGCCAUGGGAAUCAGUCAUCUUUACCACUUCUGGUGAGAACUUCUGAAACUGUUCCUGAUUCUGCACCAGAAAACAUAACCUAUAGGAACAUCUCAUCCAUGGAAAUUGAAUUAUCAUUUUUCCCACCAUCCAUUCCCAAUGGAAUCAUACAGGCAUAUACAAUAUAUCUCAAGAGGGCUAAUGGAACCCAGCAAAGAGUCAUAAACACUACCCUUCUGACGCUACAUAUUACAGAUUUAAAGAAAUAUACAGAAUAUACUGUAGAAGUGUCUGCUAGCACCACAAUGGGGGAGGGCCUUCGUAGUUCACCUCUGCAUAUACUGACUGAUGAAGAUGCUCCAACUUCUCCUCCAGAAUCCCUCUCUGUAAAACAGUUGUCGGGUGUCACUGUGAAGUUGUCAUGGAAACCUCCACUGGAGCCAAAUGGAAUUAUCCUCUAUUACACAGUUUACGUCUGGAAUAAAAUGUCUAAAAGGAGUGUUAAUGUAACAGAAACAUCAUUGCAGUUCACAGACUUGGAAUAUAACUAUGAGUAUAAUGCUUACCUAACAGCAAGUACAAGAUUUGGAGAUGGCAACAUAAAAAGUGAUACUAUAACAUUCAGAACUUCUGAAGGAGCACCAAGUGAUCCACCAAAAGAUGUUGAGUACAGAAACCUUACAUCCACAUCGAUAGUGCUGUUCUGGUCUCCUCCUCAAAAGCCUAAUGGAAAUAUACUGUACUACUCAGUUUAUUUCAAAAAUAAUUCAGGGAUAUUCAUGCAGAAUUUCACGAGUUACGGUAACGACAGCGAUGUCAGUAUGUCCCAUUCUGCAGUUCUGGAUGACUUGGCAAAAUACAGCCAUUAUACUCUAUGGUUAACUGCAAGCACAGCUUUUGGAGAUGGAAACAAAACCAGUGAAAUAAUAGAUGUGUAUACAGAUCAGGAUAUCCCAGAUGGUUUUGUUGAAAAUCUGGUCUAUCAAAACAUUUCCUCAUCUUCUGUAAAUGUAAGCUGGCUUCCACCAUCCCAGCCAAAUGGCUUAGUCUUCUUUCAUGUUUCCCUAAGUUUAUUGCAACUGGGAACCAGUAAGAUACUGUCUUUCCUUACUUACAACACAAGCAUCGUUUUUGACAAUCUGGAGAAAUACACUGAUUACAUUCUGAAAAUUACGCCAGCCACUGAUAAAGGAUCUUCUGAACAGCAUGCUCUAAAUCUGCAUAUAAGAACUGAUGAAGAUGUCCCAGAAUCAACUCCUAUAAUCAAAACAUUUUCAAAUCUCUCAACUACUUCAGUUAUGCUUUCAUGGGACCCUCCUGUUAAGCCAAAUGGUAUUAUAAUAUGUUAUGAUUUAAAUUUAUUUGGGCCAGAAAGGAAUAACUCAUUCUCUACCAUCAAUAAUUUCAUCAUAUUGGAAGACCUUCUACCAUUCACAUUGUACAGCAUUUAUGCAGCUGCAAGAACAAUAAAAGGACCUGGUCCAUCUGCCAUGCUUCAGUUCUACACAGAUGAGUCAGUGCCAUUAGCUCCACCCCAGAACUUGACCAUUACCAACUACACUGCAGAUUCUGUGUGGCUAAAAUGGGAUCCAAGUCCUCAGCCAAAUGGUGUCAUUAUGAGAUACAGUUUUAAGAUUUAUCAAAACAACACUGAAAAACUAUUUUAUCAGAACAUUUCAGGUUCAAACCAUGAGGCAAACCUUGUUGGAUUAGAGCCAUUCAGCCCCUACUUUAUCAGUGUCUCUGCAUUUACCAAGCUUGGGAAUGGCAAUCAGUUCAGUAAUGCUGUGCAGUUUACAACAAUGGAAUCAGUACCAGAUGCUGUCCAGAAUGUUCACUGUAUUGCAACAAGUUGGCAAUCCAUCCUAGUGCAGUGGGACCCUCCUGCUUCAUCCAACGGUGUAAUUACUCAUUACAUUGUAACAGUUGAAGGAAAUUCUAUGAAUUUUUCAUCUUAUAAUACACUGCAUACUUUUAGAAACCUGCUUUCCAAUAUUACUUAUCAGUUUAAAAUAAAAGCUGCAACAUCUGCUGGUGAUGGUGAAGAACAGAUAUGCAAUGCCAGUACACUUCCAGAAAAAGUUCCUAGUGCUCCCAGGGAUAUUGUUUUUUCCAAUGUACAAUCAACAAGUGUGACCCUGAAUUGGAGAUCACCGAAAUCUAUCCUUGGCUACUUUCAAAACUACAAGAUUACCACACAGCUACAGUCCAUCUACUGCAGUGACUGGGAAACUAAGGAAUGUAUUGAAUAUGAGAGGUAUCAAUAUUUAUAUGAAAAUGUGGUGGAUGGCCAUAUAGAAGAGACAGUAUAUGGACUGAAAAAAUACAGAUGGUACAGAUUUGCAGUUGCUGCCAGUACGAAUGUUGGUUAUGGCAGUUCUUCACCUUGGAUUUCUACGCAAACACUUCCUGGCUCUCCAGAUGGUCCUCCAGAAAAUGUGACUGUUUUAGCUACAUCUCCUCACAGUAUUAAUAUAAGCUGGAGUGAACCUGUUAUCAUUACUGGACCAACAUGCUACCUCGUAGACAUUACCUCAGUAGAUAAUGACAACUAUAAAGCUCAGUUUCUGAAGACAAAUGAUGAGGGUAAAGUCUUAGAAAUCUCUGAUUUAAAAGCAUUUACAAGGUACUCUGUAGUAAUCAUUGCCUUUACGGGGGAUGUUAAUGCUGCGCUCCUUGAAGGCAAGGCUAGUUCUCCAGUAAUUGUCUCAACUUUUGAAGCAGUGCCUGAAGACCCACCUAACAAUAUAACAUUUCAGAAGAUACCAGAUGAAGUAACAAAGUUCCAAGUAACCUUUGUGCCGCCUUCUGAACCGAAUGGAAAUAUUCAGGUGUAUCAAGCUAUGGUUUACAAUGAAGAUGACCCUGCUGCCAUCCAGAUCCACAACCUUAGUGUCAUUGAUAAAACAGAUCAGUCAGUAACUGCCAUGAUAGAAGGACUAAAAGGAGGACAUACCUAUAAUGUCAGCGUGUAUGCAAUUAACGGUGCUGGUGCAGGGCCAAAAAUUCAAUUGAAAAUAACCAUGGAUAUUAAAGAACCACCACGGCCUAAAAAGAAACCAGCACCAGUUUAUGAUACUAAUGGGGCAUUACUCGUGACAGCUACAACAAUUACGAUCAGAAUGCCAAUCUGUUAUUACAGUGAUGAUCAUGGCCCUAUCAAGAAGAUACAAGUUCUUGUUGUGGAAGCUGGAGCUCAGCAUGAUGGGAAUGUUACUAAGUGGUAUGAUGCCUACUUCAACAGACCGAGGCUGUAUUUUACAAAUGAAGGAUUUCCAAACCCACCAUGUAUAGAAGGAAAAGAAGAUCUGAGUGGCAAAGAAGAGAUUUAUGUCAUAGGUGCUGAUACUACGUGUAUGAUACCAGGCAGUCAAGACAAAAUAUGUAAUGGCCCACUGAAACCAAGAAAGCAGUACCUAUUUAAGUUCAGAGCAACUAACGUUAAAGGACAGUUUACAGAUUCUGACUAUUCUGACCCUGUCAAAACAUUAGGUGAAGGACUGUCAGGAAGAUCUGUAGAAGUUAUCCUUGCUGUUACUUUGUGUAUACUUUCAGUUGUUCUUUUGGUGGCUGCUGUAUACGCUUUUGCAAGAAUUCGCCAAAAGCAAAAAGAGGGAGGCACAUACUCCCCACGAGAUGCUGAAAUUAUUGACACUAAGUUCAAACUGGAUCAGUUCAUCACAGUGGCAGACCUGGAGCUGAAAGAUGAGAGAUUUACACGAUACUCUUCAUUUUUCUUUAGACGCAAGGAGAUAUUUGUCAUCCAGUUACUUAGUUAUAGAAAAUCCAUCAAGCCAAUAAGCAAGAAAUCCUUCCUACAACAUGUUGAAGAGCUUUGCACAAACAACAACCUAAAGUUCCAGGAAGAAUUUUCGGAACUUCCCAAGUUUCUUGAGGACCUUGCUUCAACUGAUGCUGAUCUGCCUUGGAACAGGUCUAAGAAUCGUUUCCCAAACAUAAAGCCAUAUAACAACAACAGAGUAAAGCUGAUGCCUGAUGCUGGUAUUCCUGGAUCUGACUACAUUAAUGCCAGCUAUGUGUCUGGUUAUUUAUGUCCAAAUGAGUUUAUCGCAACUCAGGGACCAUUACCAGGAACAGUGGGUGAUUUCUGGAGAAUGGUGUGGGAGACGAGAUCAAAAACACUUGUGAUGCUUACACAAUGUUUUGAAAAAGGACGGAUAAGAUGUCAUCAGUACUGGCCAGAAGAUAAUAAACCAGUGACUGUGUUUGGGGACAUAGUGAUUACUAAAUUGAUGGAAGACAUUCAAAUAGACUGGACCAUUAGAGAUCUAAAAAUCGAAAGGCAUGGAGACUGCAUGAUGGUGCGGCAGUGUAACUUUACUUCUUGGCCAGAACAUGGAGUUCCUGAAACUACUGCACCAAUUAUUCAUUUUGUAAAACUUAUCCGUGCAAGUCGAGCACAUGAUAAUACACCAAUGGUGGUUCACUGCAGUGCUGGUGUUGGAAGAACAGGUGUUUAUAUCGCACUUGACCAUUUAACCCAACAUGUAAAUGACCAUGAUUUUGUGGAUAUCUAUGGACUUGUAGCUGAGUUAAGAAGUGAAAGAAUGUGUAUGGUACAGAAUCUGGCACAAUAUAUAUUUUUGCAUCAAUGUGUAUUGGAUCUGUUGACAAGCAAGGGAAAUAGCCAGCCCAUAUGUUUUGUAAAUUAUUCAGCACUGCAAAAGAUGGACUCACUGGAUGCCAUGGAAGGUGAUGUGGAGCUUGAAUGGGAAGAAACUACCAUGUAAAUACUAAGACUAAAGAUAAUGAGAUUUUGAAAGUCAAAGUCAUAUUUUUCUAAGCACAGGGGCCAAAGUGAAUUCCCCUAUUUUGAUGAUUAAAACAAAACCAAAUGAUUGAAAUACCUUUUCUUCUAUCAAUGUGCCUUCAUAAAUAUGUUAAAGUCUUUUAUUCAGAUCACUGAGCGAUAAUAAUUUGGAGUACUUUUGCACAGACCGCACUUCUGGUGUUAUAUGAAUACUGCAUUCAGUACAUAUUUAAAUAGUGUGUUUGAAUAUAUUCAUUUUUCCAAUUCUCUUUGUAAAAGAACAAGCCAAAUAUGAUGUAAAAAUUUCAUACUCCCAUUGAACUUAUUUUGGUGUGAAUUUGCUGUGUUCUUUGUGUUUUGGUUUUAAGUAAAAGCUACAGUUCCUUGAAUCAUUCUUACUAGAUUAGUUUCAGUGUUGUCAGUUCUUGCAGAUUAAUUCCAAUACCAUCACAAUGAUCUUUACCUAACUGUAUGUUCUUGUGUUUUGAAUCUUUUUUUACGAGUGGUAGCAUAUCAGCUCAUGAUCCUGAACAGCUGAAGAGUCACCUUCUGACAUGGGGAGGAUUAUUCAGCUUUUUCACAGCACACAGUAGCUCUUCAGGGACACUUGGGGCUAUUUAAGCUAUCUUAGUAUCAGUGGGUUGUUUUUUUAAAUAUACAAUGGUGAUUGCAUAUGUUCAGUGCUGAGGAAAGUGUUUUACAUUCCUGCUACAUUUUCAAGCAGAUAAAGUAAAACUAUAAAUUUAUUAUAUAUCAAAAUGCAUGU